AUGUGCCUGGUGCGCAUGCUCUCCUGUGGAAAUCGGUCCUUAGCCGAGCGCUGCGGCAGCUUAUUGGCCGAGUGGGUGGAUGCCACGGCGGAGGAGCUGCACGACCGCAUCGACAGCAUGUCCGAGGCUCGUUCCGCCGCGCGAGGCGCUCUUCCGGGACUUGCCAGGGGAGCUCAGUUGGGAGAGACCGACUCGGUGAAGUCGGUGGACCUGAUGCCUUCUGAGAACUUACCAGAUGCUGCCUUAAUUUGGGGGGUCAAGGUCCCAUUCAGCAGCACGAUCCACGGUUUCAGUGGCAUCAUCGCCAGCUUCUCAACGGACUCACUGGUCACUCGGCGCUUCCAGCUGGUCCAGGGCAUCAAGAGCGUCAACGAGCGGCCCAUGGUGUGGGAGCCCGGCAAAGCGCGCCGAGUCGGAGGUGCUGCGACUCCGCACAGCAGCUCUCUGAGGAUCGAGGCCAGUUGGUACAUCUUGACGGCCUUGAGCAAGUUUGGACCCAGCACCUUGUACGAGCGCAUGGUCUCGCCCUGGCGCGCACGGGUUCUGCGGCCCUUCCUGCCGGUGCUGUGCCGCGAGCCAAAGGAGGUCUUAGGCACCAGGGGGUGCUGUCGUGCGGUUUCUGCGCGGGUCUGCCGUGGAGGUGGCGAGUGGACAUAG